AUGCAUUUUGCUUAUGCGUUCCUUCUUUUGGUGGCAGUGGCGGCAGGAUUCGCCCAAGCCCAAUCCAAAGCAGUAUUCGCUCAUUUCAUUAUCGGCAACUCUGCGGGUAUGAGUUAUGAUGACUGGGUUAGCGACGUUCAGGCUGCCAAAGCCGCCGGUAUUGAUGGCUUUGCCUUGAACAUUGCUCCAGGCGAUUCAUACACCGACAGCUCGCUGCAGAAUGCCUAUAAUGCGGCCGGCUCGGUUGGCGACUUCAGCUUGUUUCUCUCCUUCGAUUAUCUCUCUCAGGGCGCUUGGUCUGCUUCCAACGUCGUGUCAAAGAUCAACGAGUACAAGCAAUUUUCGGCGCAAUUCCAAUACAACGGCAAGCCCCUUGUGUCCACCUUCGAGGGUGUUGGCAAUACCGGCGACUGGUACGGGAUCAAGGAGCAGACCGGCUGCUUCUUUGUGCCUGACUGGAGCAGCCUUGGGCCCAUCGGGGUUGCCGCUCAGGGAAGCGUCGAUGGUGCCUUUGGCUGGGGUGCGUGGCCCGUCGGUGCGACUGACAUGUCAGUCGUUGAGGAUGAACUGUACAUGACUACCCUUGGCUCGAAGCCCUACAUGAUGCCUGUUUCUCCUUGGUUCUAUACAAACAUUCCGCAAUGGAACAAGAACUGGCUUUGGCGAGGCGACGAUCUCUGGCAUGACCGCUGGCAGCAGGUGAUUGAGCUGCAACCUGCUCUCGUCGAGAUUCUCACCUGGAACGACUUUGGUGAGUCGCACUACAUUGGGCCCAUCCACUCCUCCGGAAUUCCUAGCGGAGCAGAAAAAUAUGUCAAUGACAUGCCGCACGACAAUUGGCGAGAUAUGCUUCCCUACUACAUCGCGGCCUACAAGAGUGGAAACACCACCCUUCCCGAAAUUUCCACCGAAAAGGCCAACCUUUGGUAUCGCGUGAACCCCGGUCAUUCCGGCUCAAGCGAUGGCACUACUGGAAAUACCCCAUCUCAGGGCCAAACCGUUGUCGAUCCAACUUUGGUAUCACAAGAUAAAGUCUUUUUGUCCGUGCUGGUCAACUCGCCCGCCGAUGUGACGCUUCAGAUCGGCGACAAUCAGCCUACAUAUCUUCGAGCAAUGACUUCUGGCGUCAACCAUUUCUCUGUCUCUUUCAAUGGCCAGACUGGCGCUGUCACGGCGAGUGUUUCUCGAAAUGGACAGUCAGUUGCGUCAGUGACUGGCCCAGAGAUUACUGAUGCCUGUGAAGAUGGCAACGUCAACUGGAAUGCCUGGGUUGGAGGCUCAUCAUAA